CAGAACAUCAUCAAUCCUCUAUUGUCUGAAGACCAAAUGAACGAAAUUACAGAGAUAAGAUCGGAGUAUGAGUCGGACUCUUACGUCGACGAUGAGAUAAGUGUAGUUCCACAAGUGGAGCUAACGGUGCCCAAAGCGGACGAUCCAACUUCACCGACGGUUACAUUUAGGAUGUGGGUUCUUGGCAUAACCGCUUGUGUUCUCUUGUCGUUUCUCAACCAGUUUUUCUGGUACAGAACCAAUCCUUUGACCAUCUCCUCUGUUUCGGCUCAGAUUGCUGUUGUUCCCAUUGGUCAUCUCAUGGCUAGAGUUCUUCCGACAAGGAGGUUCUUUGAAGGAACUAGGUGGUCUUUCACGAUGAAUCCUGGUCCGUUUGGUACUAAAGAACAUGUUCUUAUAACCGUAUUUGCAAACUCAGGCUCUGGGACUGUUUAUGCUAGUCAUAUUCUUAGUGCUGUUAAGCUUUAUUACAAGAGAAGGCUUGAUUUCUUACCUGCUUUGCUCGUUAUGGUCACCACUCAGGUAUUAGGAUUUGGCUGGGCUGGUUUGUAUAGAAAACAUUUAGUUGAGCCUGGUGAGAUGUGGUGGCCAAGCAAUCUCGUUCAAGUGUCUCUCUUCAGGGCAUUGCACGAGAAAGAGAAGAGAUCGAAAUGGGGAAUUAGUCGAAAUCAGUUCUUCGUCAUCACACUCAUCACUAGCUUCUCCUAUUAUCUCCUACCUGGUUAUCUCUUCACGGUCUUAACCACAGUCUCUUGGUUAUGUUGGAUUAGCCCUAAAUCGAUAUUUGUAAACCAGCUCGGUUCAGGGGCAGCGGGUCUAGGUAUUGGUUCCUUUGGUCUGGACUGGACAACCAUAGCGUCAUACCUUGGAAGCCCACUCGCUAGCCCUUUCUUUGCCUCUGCAAAUAUUGCGGUCGGGUUCUUUCUUGUGAUGUACGUUAUCACUCUUCUCUGUUACUACCUAGAUUUCUACAACGCCAAGACCUUCCCAAUCUAUUCAGGUAAACUUUUUGUAGCCAGUGGGAAGGAAUACAAUGUAACAAGCAUCAUCGAUGCCAACUUCAGACUCGAUCGUAAGGCUUACGCAGAGACCGGACCAGUCCAUAUGAGCACUUUCUUUGCUGUGACAUAUGGACUCGGUUUUGCAACUUUGACUGCUAGUAUUGUCCAUGUCCUGCUUUUCAACGGAAAAGAUCUUUGGACUCAAACCAGAGGAGCGUUUCGAAAAAACAAGAAAAUGGAUAUUCAUACAAGAAUCAUGAAGAGGAAUUAUAAAGAAGUUCCUCUCUGGUGGUUUCUUUCGAUUUUUGCCGUGAAUCUUGCAGUAAUUGUCUUCAUAUGUAUUUACUAUAAGACACAGAUUCAGCUUCCAUGGUGGGGAGCUUUCUUGGCUUGUUUGAUAGCUAUCUUCUUCACUCCUCUUGUUGGUGUGAUCAUGGCCACUACUAAUCAGGCUCCUGGGCUAAAUAUUAUCACGGAAUAUAUAAUUGGAUAUGCAUAUCCAGAGAGACCAGUAGCUAACAUAUGUUUCAAGACUUAUGGAUUCAUCAGCAUGUCUCAGUCUUUGACUUUCCUUGCUGAUUUGAAGCUUGGAACUUACAUGAAGAUCCCACCAAGAACCAUGUUCAUGGCACAGGUUGUGGGCACUUUAGUAGCCGUCUUCGUUUAUGCAUUAACAGCUUGGUGGCUAAUGGCAGAAAUCCCAAAUCUCUGUGACACUUCUCUACUUCCACCAGGAAGUCAAUGGACUUGCCCAACCGAUCGAGUCUUCUUCGACGCAUCAGUGAUCUGGGGACUCGUUGGACCAAGAAGAAUGUUUGGUGAUCUUGGAGAGUACUCAAACAUAAACUGGUUUUUUGUAGGAGGUGCUAUAGCUCCAGCAUUGGUCUACUUAGCCACAAGACUCUUCCCAAACAAGAAAUGGAUCUCAAACAUUCACAUCCCUGUUCUGAUUGGAGCCACGGCUAUAAUGCCACCAGCAUCUGCAGUUAACUUCACGAGCUGGCUCGUUAUGGCGUUUGUGUUUGGACAUUUCGUGUUUAAGUACAGACGAGAAUGGUGGCAGAGAUAUAAUUAUGUUCUGUCUGGAGGACUAGAUGCAGGAACUGGAUUCAUGUCUGUGCUUUUGUUUCUUGCCUUGCAACGUAGUGAGAUUGGGAUUGAUUGGUGGGGAAACUUUGGUGAAGGUUGUUCUGUAGCUAAAUGUCCAACUGCUAAAGGUGUGAUUGUUCAUGGCUGUCCGGUUUUCUAAACCAUGAUUCUCAGCUUAAUUAC